AUGAGAAGAGGGAAUCACACAACUGUAACAGAAUUUAUUUUUGUUGGAUUUUCUGAUGUCCCAGAAAUACGUUAUUUCCUAUUUUCUGUAUUUAUUUGCACUCUUACUAUGACUCUACUUGCACAUAUGUCACUAAUUGUCCUCUACAAAGUCAGUGCAAACCUUCAUACCCCUAUGUACUUUUUUCUUGCCAACUUCUCAUUUUUGGAAAUAUGUUACGUUUCAACUAUUACACCGAAAAUACUGGUAAACCUCCUAUCAGGUGAUAAAAGCAUCACAUUCUAUGGCUGUGCCUUACAAAUGUACUGUUUUCUACUACUAGGAAGUACAGAAUGUUAUAUGCUGGCAGCCAUGGCUUAUGACAGAUAUAACGCCAUAUGUCAUCCAUUAUUAUAUAACAUUACUAUGAGUAGCGAUGCUUGCUUCAAACUUAUUGUGGCCUCGUGGACCAUUUGUUUCAUGGUUGCUAUAAUACAGACUUUUCUUACGUUCUCCUUGCCUUUUUGCGGACCAAAUAAAAUAAACAAUUUCUACUGCGACAUUCCGCCGAUCAUGGCCUUGGCGUGUACGGACACACAGUUUAAUGAAAUUAUCACUUUUAUAUUUGUCCUAUGUGUGGUUGUUGGUUCUUUCUUGUUGAUAAUAGUUUCGUAUACACGGAUCAUUUUGACAAUUUUAAAGAGCCAUUCAUCAGCAGGGAUUACGAAAGCUUUCUCCACCUGCACCUCUCACCUCAUAGUGGUGACUAUAUACUAUGGAUCUGGUAGUGCAAUGUAUCUGAGACCCAAGUCAAGUUAUGGCACAGAUUUGGACAAGUUUAUGUCGCUCAUGUAUACCAUUGUUGCUCCAUUGUUAAAUCCUUUCAUAUACAGUCUAAGAAAUAAUGAUGUGAAAUGUGCUAUAAAAAAAAUGAUUUGCAAUGUGAAAGUAGCUCAGCUUUGA